GGAGCGCGGGAGGAGGCGGAGCGCGAGGCGGGGUGGCCGCGGGCGGGUGUGCGCGCCCGAGCCGGCGCCCCCGAGCGCCCCGCCUCGCCUCCCGCGCCCAGCCUCUCCCCGGCUCCGCCACAGACACACACCCACCAAGCACCCACCGCCCUCCGCCCCCGCCGGCCGCCGCCGCCGUGCCGCGCCGCGGGCAGCCCAAGCGAGCGGCAACUCCCCGGCUGGCGCGGCUCGCCUUCCCGGCUCCUUCCGCGCGGCGAGCUCAGCCCCGCUAGAUUUUUCCUUUUCUGUCCCAGCUCUCUGUCGUCUGGGCGGCGGCAGGGGGAUGGGGGCCCGCCAGGGGAAUGGGGUGAAGAUCGAUGAAGAUUAUUGUUCUUUUUAAGGAUGCUUUAGCUUCCUCCCGCCGCCUCUCCUUUGAGCCUUCUACUAGAGACCGUGGACCAGAGUCAGGGAUGUAAAGAGAGGGGGGGAAAAAAAACGCCAGGAGCUCCAGCCAGCCGGGGAGACCCUCCUCUCUGUGGAGGGGAGGGGGACUUCCAGCGACAGAUCAUUGGCGAAGGGGACCGUCGCGGGGAGAGGAGCCCCGGAGGGAGCGGGGAAUCCCUCAGCCCUUUGUGGUUGCCCGAGCCCGUGCCGCCUGCUGAGCGGGGUCGGUGGGAGCUAGGUGCACCCGUGGAAAUGCCCACCUCACAGAGACACUGCUUGAGGUGACCUUCCCGUGGCUCAUUCUUUUGGGGACCCUGACUCUGCGGCUUUGUUCGGUCCAAAAUGGCAGAGAAAGCUCCCCCUGGCUUAAACAGGAAGACGUCAAGGUCGACACUUUCCCUUCCGCCGGAACCCGUGGACAUCAUUAGGAGCAAAACGUGCUCCCGGCGUGUGAAAAUCAACGUGGGGGGCCUCAACCACGAGGUCCUGUGGCGAACGCUGGACCGCCUGCCCAGGACCCGCCUGGGGAAGCUGCGGGACUGUAACACGCACGAGAGCCUCCUGGAGGUGUGCGACGACUACAAUCUGAACGAGAACGAGUAUUUCUUUGAUCGCCAUCCGGGAGCCUUCACUUCCAUUUUAAAUUUCUACCGGACGGGGAAACUGCACAUGAUGGAGGAGAUGUGCGCUCUCUCUUUCGGCCAAGAGCUCGACUACUGGGGGAUCGAUGAGAUCUACUUAGAGUCCUGCUGCCAAGCCCGGUAUCAUCAAAAGAAGGAGCAGAUGAAUGAAGAGCUGCGGCGGGAGGCUGAGACCAUGCGAGAGCGGGAGGGCGAAGAGUUUGAUAACACCUGCUGCCCGGAAAAGAGGAAGAAACUCUGGGACCUGCUGGAGAAACCCAACUCCUCCGUGGCUGCAAAGAUCUUGGCCAUCGUGUCCAUCCUAUUCAUUGUCCUCUCCACCAUCGCGCUGUCUCUCAAUACACUCCCGGAGCUGCAGGAGAUGGAUGAGUUCGGACAGCCCAAUGACAACCCCCAGUUAGCACACGUGGAGGCCGUGUGUAUUGCCUGGUUUACCAUGGAGUACCUCUUACGGUUCCUGUCCUCACCAAAUAAAUGGAAGUUCUUUAAAGGCCCUCUGAACGUUAUCGACUUGCUGGCCAUCUUGCCCUAUUAUGUCACCAUUUUCCUCACGGAGUCCAACAAGAGCGUGCUGCAGUUCCAGAACGUGAGGCGGGUGGUUCAGAUCUUCCGAAUCAUGCGAAUCCUCAGGAUCCUGAAACUUGCCAGACAUUCAACGGGCCUGCAGUCUCUGGGCUUCACCCUGAGGCGGAGUUACAACGAAUUGGGUUUGUUGAUAUUGUUUCUGGCCAUGGGGAUAAUGAUAUUUUCCAGCCUGGUAUUUUUUGCCGAGAAGGACGAAGAUGCUACCAAGUUCACCAGUAUCCCGGCCUCGUUUUGGUGGGCCACCAUCACCAUGACCACUGUAGGCUAUGGGGACAUCUACCCAAAAACGUUAUUAGGGAAGAUCGUGGGGGGUCUGUGCUGUAUUGCGGGGGUUCUGGUGAUUGCCCUUCCCAUCCCAAUCAUUGUGAACAAUUUUUCUGAGUUUUACAAAGAGCAGAAACGCCAGGAGAAGGCCAUCAAAAGGAGAGAGGCUCUCGAACGGGCCAAGAGGAAUGGAAGCAUCGUUUCUAUGAACUUAAAAGAUGCCUUUGCUCGAAGUAUGGAACUGAUAGACGUGGCGGUGGAGAAGACGGGAGAGUCGGCCAACACCAAAGACUCGGCAGAUGAUAAUCACCUCUCUCCAAGCCGGUGGAAGUGGGCCAGGAAAGCUCUGUCAGAAACAAGCUCCAACAAGUCUUACGAGAAUAAGUACCAGGAGGUCAGCCAGAAAGACUCCCACGAGCAGCUGAACAACACUUCUUCCUCCAGCCCGCAGCAUCUGAGCGCCCAGAAACUGGAGAUGCUGUACAACGAAAUCACGAAGACGCAGCCUCACCCACCCCCCAACCCCAACAGCCAAGUGCAACCCGAGAGGCCGUCUGCGUACGAAGAGGAGAUAGAGAUGGAGGAGGUGGUCUGCCCGCAGGAGCAGCUGGCCGUGGCGCAGACCGAGGCCAUCGUGGACAUGAAAAGCACCUCCAGCAUCGACAGCUUCACCAGCUGUGCCACCGACUUCACGGAGACCGAGAGGUCGCCCCUGCCACCGCCCUCGGCUUCCCACCUGCAGAUGAAGUUCCCCCCCGACCUCACCGGGAUGGAAGAGCACCAAAGAGCCAGGGCCCGACCCUUCCUAACCCUAACCAGAGAGAAGGGGCCUGCGGCCAGGGAGGCCACCUCGGAAUACGCUCCAAUCGACAUAACUGUGAACCUUGACACCGGCGGGUCCCAAAGUGGACCCCCCGGCCCUCUGCAGUCGGACAGUGCCUCCGAGAGCCCCAAGAGCUCUCUGAAAGGCAGUAACCCUCUCAAGUCCAGAUCGCUCAAGGUGAACUUCAAGGACAGCAGAGGGGGUGCUCCACAGACCCCGCCCAGCACGGCCAGGCCGCUGCCGGUCACCACGGCUGACUUUCCGAUGGGCGCCCCGCAGCUCAUCAGCACCAUCCUCUUAGAAGAAACUCCGUCCCAGGGAGACAGACCCUUGCUGGGCGCCGAGGUUCCGCCACAUUGUCAGGGACCCUCCAAAGGGCUGACGCCUCGGUUUCCCAAGCAGAAACACUUUGCUUUCUCGUCAAGAGAGAGGAGGAGCUUCACGGAAAUAGACACUGGCGAAGACGAUGACUUCUUAGAGCUCCAAGGGACCCCUAGGCAGGACAAACAGGCAGACUCCAGCCCAAACUGCUUUGCAGAUAAGCCUAGUGACGGAAGAGACCCUUUAAGACAAGAGGCCUCUGUGGGCUCUUCCCCUCCACAGGACACAAGUCACAACUGUAGGCAAGACAUUUACCAGGCUGUGGCGGAAGUAAAAAAGGACAACAGUCAAGAAGGGUGCAAGAUGGAAAACCACUUGUUUGCUCCAGAAAUUCAUUCCAACCCGGGAGACACAGGUUACUGUCCCACACGUGAAACCAGCAUGUGACUAGUUCCAAAAGCAAUAAUAAUAAUAUACUUAAAAAAAAAAAAAAACUUGUUUCUUAAAAAUGCGGUUAAUAAUGCCUGUGAACUAAAACGUGGGAAGCCCCUCUCCCCACCCCCAAAAAGUGCAUAAAAUGUUAUUUUUGCAUGGCAUGAACACUUUAGUUUAAGUACUGUUUAAAUAAAGACUCGAGACUGCAUUUUGUACCAAACAAACAAAAAUGACUGAAGAACAGUGAGCAAAUAAAGAGCUCUAUUAGGAACCUGUAUUCUGCAAUGUCUAACAUUUUUGAUCCUUUCAUUUCAGAUUGUAGACAGAGUUUCGACUUUGAGCUUUUCUGUUACAAUGAAUUUAGAAUUUGCACAUGAAAGGAUGAAAUGUCAUUGCAUGUAUUCAUAAAGGCGCAAGGUGCUUUGAGCUUGCAAAAUGCAUAACUUUGUAAAUACCGGGGCUUGGGAUGCAAAAGUGUCAAGAACAGAUGGAAACAAGUUUCUGAGACACGAGCACUUCCUUCAUAGCUACUGCCUGGAGGAGCUGUACAGACUUCUUGUUGCAAAAUUGCAACCUCUUCUUAAACCAUCUCACAUAUCUUGCUUUGGGUUAUAAAGCUCAUAAGAACAUUUGUUUAAAGGAAUACAGUAUUUUUAUUGACUCAUAGGGUGCAUUUUUCUGUUUUUGCUUCUGCUUAGUUGUGGCAUUUGUGGUUUUAUUUAUAAAUCAUGAAAAUAGUCAAGAUGUAAUGACCAGAUAUCCAAAAAUUGAGAAUUAAAGCUUGAAAUUUUGCCAGUCAAUUAUAUAUCAAUAGUUAUCAAGGAAAAAAGUAUAUAUCAUGUGACAGCCUAUUACAGAAAUGCAUUUUUAUAAACCUGAAUAUAUGUAAAAGGUUAAAUUAUACAACUAAACUUUUUUAAAUUGGCACUCCACACAUUUGGAAAUCAGUUCUUUAAAAAAAAAAUGUAUGUUGGCUAUCUAAAGAUGACUGUUUUCCACUUGUAUCCAUCCUAACCUUUUCCAUCUAAGUAGCUAAAGAUAGCAUGUAUGUAUGCCAAGAUGGGAAUUCCAAAAAAAUGACUUGGGACUCAAAGCAGAGCUAUUUAAGUGAGGCUGUCACCCCCUGUCCCUCAUAGGUAGAGUUAGGUUUGGAAAUGAGUUAAUAUAAAAAGAACCCAGUAUUUCCCCAUGGGGGGAGGGAACACUGCCACAUGGGAAGACCAUAGAGGCCCAUGGCACCAUCCAGUCAGUAAUUGCAGCAUCUAGAAACAUCCCCUCACAUUUCCAACGUCCGCAACAGCUGAAGGAUUACCCUUGCUGAGAGCAGUACUUCCAGAAUUUUCUAUAGAGAACAGUGAAAUCCAGACACAUGAGGGUUCUGGCUGGUGGUUGUCCUAUUGGGGAAGACUGUGCUGGAACCCAGGUCAUUUGGAGCACAUUGCCUCAGAGGAAAUCAAGGCUCUGACAUUACAUAUGCAGCUGCCUGAUGGGUGAUCCUGGAUGAGCCUUGAAGACCUCUCUUAGUCUCGGUUUUAUUCCAGUAAAAACUGAGACAUGGAGUUCCCUUCGUGGCUCAUCAGUUAAUGAUCCCAGCUAGAAUCCAUGAGGAUGAGGGUUUGAUCCCUGGUCUCGCUCAAUGGGUUAAGGAUCUGGUGUUGCUGUGAGCUGUGCUGUAGGUUGCAGAUGAGGCUCGGAUCCCUCAAGUUGCUGUGGCUGUGGUGUAGGCCGGCAGCUUCAGCUCCAAUUCGACCCUAGCCUGGGAACCUCCAUGUGCCUCAGGUGCAGCCCCAAAAAGAAAAAAAAAAAAAAAACAACAACAACUAAGACAAAUUAUUUUUAAACUGCCUUAAGCCUUCAGAUUAAUAUGAUUCCUUGGUCUGUCAGGAAUGUCCAAGUUUUGCCUCAGCAUAUUGCAUUUUGGAUGUGUGUGUGGCUGUGAGUGUAUAGUUUAGGGAAAUAGGAAAAUCCUAGGCCAAAUUUAAAGCACAACUUUUUAUUUAAGGAAAAACUAUUCUAAAUUUUUUUUUCUAUUUUUGAAAGAAAAAAAAAAAAACACUAGGAAACAACAACCUGAAUAUUUAAACUCUAAUUUAAGGCUUUAAGGAAUAAGAUUUCUUUAUUUUACAAAUCUGGUCAUUAUGUCUCAGAUAAGAAAACAAGUUUUGUUCUUAGUUGAAAUCCAAGGAGCCCUACUGCUAAAAAUUAUUUUAAACAUUUCUUUUUCACUGUGCUUAUUAGAAUUUCUUAAUGGUUUUUCUGUUUGUUUCGAAACACAACCUUUAAGAGUUUAUGGUCAUUUAUCAUGGAUAUUUACAUUACCCAUACUUAUUUCAGUGUCUAAAACUAAAUGUUGAUCAGCUUUUGUAAAUCUAGAGUGUCUGAAUUUUCUAUAUAUAGUUUUUCAAGUAAACAGAUAUAUCUGCUCUUAGAGAAGUAGCAAA